AUGUCCACUCCCGCAGACCUUGAGAACGACCCCUUCUACCUCCGCUACUACACUGGACACCAGGGCAUGCAUGGCCACGAGUUCCUCGAGUUCGAGUACAGCAAUGGCCGCCUGCGUUACGCCAACAACUCCAACUACCGUAACGACUCGCUCAUCCGCAAAGAGUUGUACUUCAGCCCUGCGGUCGUCGAGGAGAUGAAGCGUAUCGUGCGCGAUAGCGAGAUCACAAAAGAAGACGAUGCGUCGUGGCCCAAGAAGAACGUUGUCGGUCGCCAAGAGCUCGAGAUCAGGAUAGACAAGGAGCACAUUUCCUUUGAGACUGCCAAGAUUGGCUCGCUCGCAGAUGUCAACGAGAGCUCGGACCCCGAAGGUCUCCGUGUGUUCUACUACUUGAUCCAGGACCUCAAGUGCUUCAUUUUCUCUCUGAUCACUAUGAACUUCAAGAUCAAGCCGAUUCAACAAUAA